GUUCCUCCGCCCCCGGGAUCGAUUCCAAUGCCAGAAGACGACGAUGAUCUACCAUCAUAUGAAGAGAUGCUUGUCCAAGCAUUGACUGUUCAUAACGAUCCGGAGGGUACUGCACCGAAACAGUUGUUCCAAUGGAUGGCGGCUACGUACCCACUCCAGGCGAAUUUCCGACCGAGUGCAAGUCAGGCACUUCAGAAAGCAUACAAGCGUGGGAGAUUUGAGAAGAGUAAGGACGGUAAAUAUAGGCUGAACGCCCGUUGGGAAGGUGGAAAUACAUCGAGACGGACGACGCGAAGGCCGCAGAGUUAUUCCAAGGCUGUCACGAACCCAAGUCCAUCCUCACAUCCACCGACAAACACUUCACAAUACCCACCACAGCACUAUACAUGGACUUACGGAGGAGGUCGAACCGGAACAUCUCAAUCGCAGAGUCAGUCACCAGCACCAACGACACCGUCAUCUGCCGUCCUUCCACCGCACCCUCCACCGCCAUCUGCGACAUUACCGCCAGAGCUUGAGUCGGCACCUAAUGGCAUUGUAGCUCAGGGUGAUACUGAUCAAGAGAGCCAUCGCAGCUGUAUGGAGGCUGCAUACAGUAUUCUGCAGGCCUUGAACGUCACAUCUGCAUAUAACUCAUCGAAAGUAGAGAACGAGACAGCGAAUGCUUCAGUCGUGGUCAGGGCUACGUCUACCGAUACUAAUACAGGAAGCUCGUUGGCGGGGAAAUCGGUUGGCCCUGCCAAUAUCGCAACUGUUAGCGGUUCUGUUGCAGAACAUUCUGCGUCGCCUGCUACAGGUGUAGCUAGUGCAACCUCAACCGCACGAGGAUUAUCUCAAGUUCUAGAUGCCACUGUCCCUUGUACAGCAUUGGAUGCAUUCUCAAGUCGUGCAGCUCUUCAAGGAAGUCUAGCACUCCUAGCCGCGCAACUCGCAGAACUCGCAGACACGUCAAUCGACUCCACCUCCGAAGGGGUACUUUCCUCCUUACCCUUUUGGCCUACACCAGCCGAAGCAUCAGCAAACUCUGCAUCUGCAUCCGGAUUCAAUAUACUUGAGGGUCUGGACCUCGACGUGUUCAACUCGAAUGCCUGGGCGGGGUUGCGUGAUGUUGACGUUGAUGCAAAACAAUAGUCGUCCUUCUGACUUUCAUACUUAUUCUGUCCGGUCUGCUUGCACAUCUCAUAAU